UGCGCUAGAUUUGCACUAUCGGCUGCCUAGGAUAGAUUCAUGGGUGUGCUCCCUCAGUCCGCACACAGUUCAUGCAUUUAAAAUGUUUAACGUUUUCCAACACUAUAGCAAUUCGGUGACUGAAUCUGCGUUUGUUUGGGGAAAACUAAAAUCAAAAUAGAGUUUGCUGUAAGGUUGUUUAUACCUCUCAGUAGCUGGGUAAUUUUGGAGGGCAGAUUGCGUUUCUUCUCAGACCAACCCCUAACCCCCUCACCAGACGCUCAGAUAUACUGGACUACGAAAACUUUGUUGGAUGUUUCAGGAGAAACAUUUCAGGACCAGAUUUGUAUUAUUUUUUAACAAAUGUAUGUACAUUAAGUACGCUCAUUAACCGUGUUUUAUCAGUUUUGCAAAGGAGACUUUUUGUUUCGGUGAAUUAAAACACUAGAAACAUUGUAUCUGAAGGAGCGCACUGGGCGGAGGCAGCGACCCAAGCAUUUUUGUUAUUCAUCUAAACUCCGCAGGCACCUCUUUUCCAUUAAUUGGACUUCUGACAGGCUGACGUUAAAAUGCUGGGAUCUGCACCUACUCCCCCCACAACCAGACCUGUCAGACACUGGUGGUGGGAGAACUUCAACACUCCGCUGGUCAGGACAACUGUGUGACAUGGAUCUCUCUCUGUUGGUAGCAUUCUGCUCCUGUGUUCCUCCUGCUUUGGCAUCGACGAUGGUUGAAAAGGACUAUGACUCUGCAUUUCACUACGACUAUGAAUCUCUGAGGAUCGGUGGACUGAUCUUCGCUGUGGUACUGUUUGUCAUGGGCAUUGUCCUAAUCGUCAGCCAGAAAUGCCCAUGCAAAUCCAGUCCGAAGUCACGUGUAUACUCGUCAGACGUCAUGAUACCUCAUCAGAAGUGUCCACUUAAUUUGUGGGCUGAAGUGUUUGGACUGCAACCCUUGACUGAGUUCAUUGCCUUCUGGGGUACCUGAGGCAGAGGCAGGGGUUGUGACAGGUCCCCAGUGAUGUAAAGUCUCGCCACCAGGCGGCAGCAUUGGACAGUGGAGUACUAACUAUGGCUAUCUCCCAGAGAGCACAAGGCUCCUUUUUUAAAUUUCAUCCUGCUGAUAUGUUCUAUUGACAUGUUUUUUCUUUUCUCUCUUUUCUAUAUGAAUUAAUCUACAGAGACAGUAUUCUGAAGGCAUAAUUGGUUGAUGCAGUAGGGUAGGCUAUAAAACCUUCUGUCAUAUGUGAUAGACACACAUGAACAAGUGAUUAAAAAAAAUUAAGUUAGAACUUGACUAUUUAUAACUAUUUUAAAUUGUAAUAUUUCCACAUUGUUAAAUAAAGUGAUGUAGAUGGGU